ACACUCAGAGAGGGGAGGGGAAGGGACUGACAGCCGUGGCCAGAUGGAGCUCUGUUUGUUUUUAAGCAGCUAACUGCUGCUGAGAGCAGGACACACUGUCGACUCUGGUGUCCAUUAACGCGGGGAGAAAAAGACAUCACACCCAGUUGGGGCAGUGACAGGUCAACGGACUGCUGCUGCUGUUGUGUUGAUGUGAGGACAGCUCUGCUCUGAUGUAAUGUGGAGGCAGUCUGCAGCUUCAAGGUCGAGAACCUCAGGAGGCUGUCCCCAUCUGGAUCUCAGGCCUCCAAAACUUCAUGGGUUUUUUUGUUCGAGUACCUCUAAUUCUUAUAAAGUUGUAUUAUGGAAGGCUGGACCGCUCUGAAGAGGAUAUGAACCCCAGAUUGCUGUAAGCAAACCGUUAUUUCAGUCUGUUUCUGUGACAGCAAUAAAGGGAAUGGGCCCAGCCUCACUGCAGGAGGAGAGGGAGCUGGGCAAAGAGUCUAAGGAGGAGAUGGAGAGCUACCGUUGCCUUCUGCAGGCCGGCUCCCAGCUGCAGAGCACCCUACAGCAGGUGACUGUUCCUGUCAGCCUGAAGGAAGUGGGAGGAUAUAUAGAGAAACAAGUUGCAUACCUAUCAGGAGGACGUGGGGAAGACUCCAGCGUCAUCAUUACCCUCCCAGAGUGCUCAGCGUUCAGUGACAUUCCAGAGGACGCUUUAGCCAAAGUCUUUACCUACCUCACUCUCAUUCCUCGAACCCGACAACCUGGAGUUAAGUUUAUCAUCAUCUUAGACCGAAGACUGGAUACAUGGGCCUCUAUCAAAGCUGCUCUUGCCAGGAUAGCAGCCUCCUUUCCUGGGAACCUCCACCUGGUCUUGGUGCUCCGACCCACCAGCUUCUUCCAUCGUACUGUAACAGAUAUUGGUUUCCGCUUCAGCCAGGAUGACUUCAUGCUCAAGAUGCCAGUGGUGAUGCUGAGUUCUGUCACAGACCUGCUCCGCUACAUUGAUGAAAAUCAGCUGACAUCAGAGUUUGGAGGAACUUUGGACUACUGUCACAGUGACUGGAUUGUUUUACGGACGGCUAUUGAAAGUUUUGCAGUAACGGUAAAAGACAUUGCUCAAAUGUUACAAGGCUUUGGCACAGAGCUGGCAGAGGCAGAGCUACCCGAUGAGGGAAAAGCCAUCGAGCACCUCUUAGAGACUCACACUGCAAAGUAUAAAAAGCUCAAGGAUGCAAUAAGGUCUGUUUCAAAGGAAGGUUGCCAUCUUCUGUCCAACCUGGAAACAACUGGGAAAGAUGAUGACUCCCAGUGGGAUGUGAAACUGGACUGGGAGACAGUACAGAGUUCCUCUGUUAGGCUCCUUGCACAGCUCAGAGACAUGGAGUUGGCCUUUGACGGCUUCUUUGAGAAGCAUCACCUGAAACUCCAUCAGUACCUUCAGCUGCUUAGAUAUGAGCAAAGCUUUAAGGAGAUGGAAUUAUGUCUUGAGCAUCUAAUGCAGCAAGAAAGAGAACUUUCCAUAAAUGUGAGCACGCUGGCCCAAACAGAGCAGGCUCUCAAAAGGCUCGACAGCCUGGAAUCUAAUGCACAGGAAGUGAUAUCACGGGCCCAGAUCAUCAUCCUCCACGGACACCAGCUAUCAGCAGGUCACCACUAUGCCAUGGCGCUCAUUAUGCAGCGCUGCAAUGAGCUUCGCCACCACUGCGACACACUCUCUGCUGCUCUGAAGUCCAAGCACUCUUUUCUAAUGCAAAUGCACCAGCUCCUGCUUUGUCUUGGGCAGGCCCAGACUUGGUGUGAUGAUGGAGCAUAUUUGUUGGCGAACCAACUAGUAGACAAGUCCCAGUCGAAGGAGGGUGCCCAGAUAGCUUUAAGGGAAAUAGAUAAGUUCCUUGAGGGAGCGCCGUCUAUGUUGAGCUCCGGUCAUGAUUUUCUAGCUAUGGAGUAUGAGGCAGUCAUCACUCCUCACCUACAGACUCAGAUUGGGAACGUUUUUGAAAAGCAUGCAGCAGUGCAGCAGAUGAUCCAGAACCGACAAGCUUGUUUAAGGAAGCUGGCAGACAGACAUGUGCGACCGAUCCAGCUUGUGGCCCCCAGGCCUGAGAACCAACCCCGCUCCAAAUCCCCACUCUUUUCUCCAAAGCACGGUGAUGGUUUAAAGUUCACAUUUGACAUUUCUCUUCCUGGGAAAAAAUCCUCGAGAAAAAGUCCAAACCCCAGAAAAAUAGAGGUGAUGCAUGACUACCAGGAGAGCCGGAGCUGUGUGUCGUACAGUCUGGAUGGAGAUGACAGCCCGGAUCUCUUGAAGCGUCAUGUGAUGAGGGAACUUAUAGAGACUGAGAGGAUCUAUGUGGAGGAGCUGCUGUCAGUGCUACUGGGUUACAGGGCUGAGAUGGAUAACCCAUCUCUGUCGACGCUUUUGCCACCGAUUCUACGCAGUAAAAAAGAUAUUCUCUUUGGAAACAUGCCUGAGAUCUACAACUUUCACAGCAGAGUGUUCCUUCAAGACCUGGAAGGGUGUCUGGAGGCACCUGAAGCUGUCGGAACUUGUUUCCUCCAUCGGAAAGAAAGUUUCCAGAUGUAUGAAAUGUACUGUCAAAAUAAGCCACGUUCUGAAGCACUAUGGAGACAGUUCUCAGAGUGUCCCUUUUUUUCGGAGUGUCAAAAGAAGCUGGAGCACAAACUGGGCCUGGACUCCUACCUGCUGAAACCAGUCCAACGGCUCACAAAAUACCAGUUGCUGCUCAAGGAGCUGCUGAAGUACAGCCAAGAUUGUGAGGGUAGUUCUGAGCUGCAGGAGGCACUGACAGCCAUGCUGGAUCUGCUCAAGUCAGUCAAUGACUCCAUGCAUCAGAUUGCAAUUACAGGAUAUGAGGGGGAAAUCUGUGAACUGGGCCGUGUGCUCAUGCAGGGCUCUUUUAGCGUGUGGAUCAGCCACAAAAGAGGUCCCACACGGAUGAAGGAGUUGGCUCGCUUCAAACCAAUGCAGAGACACUUCUUCCUGUAUGAAAGGGCUCUUCUUUUGUGUAAAAGAAGGGAGGAUCACGGAGACAGCAGCGACAAGACUCCCUCCUACAGCUUCAAGCACUGUCUAAAGAUGACUGCUGUGGGGAUCACAGAGAAUGUCAAAGGUGAUGUAAAGAAGUUUGAGAUCUGGUACAGUGGAAGGGAGGAAGUUUACGUGGUUCAGGCUCCAACGGUGGAAGUAAAGAUGGCCUGGCUCAAUGAACUCCGCCGAAUUUUGACCAAUCAGCAGAAGUUGCUUAGAGACGAAGCACAUCAACAUGGCCCACUGGCUGAACACAUGCAGCUUUCUCCAUCACUCACUGAAAGCAAACAGCAGAGGGCGUCAGUGAGCUCAGAGGAUACUGAAUCAGGAAGGAGCAGUCCAGAGCCCCAGUCUCACUCCCCUAAACACCAGCCCAACCGCCGGAGUUGGCCCGGAGCUCAUCACUCAGUAGACGUCUGCGAGGAGUGGUCUGGAGAUCAGGACGCCUUCCUCCCUUCUGAGAUAGAGGAGAAAAAUUUGCUCAAAUUGUCUCCAGGCAAGUACAGAGCUAUGGCUGACUGUCCCCAAAACGGACCAGGCAGCAUCAUCAUCAAGCGUGGAGACGUCAUCCAUCUACAAUGUGAAGACAACAGGGGGCGCUGGCUUGUGAAAAAUCUGAGUCGGCAGCUGGAGGGCUUCAUAGCAGCUGCCUGUCUGCAGCUCAUCAUAGGAAACAGCAGCCAUGAGCACUCUCCCAGACUAGGAGACCCAGGGAACCUGAAGGUGAGAAAGCUGAGCUCCCCGUAGAGAAGAAAGAACUGAGGAUGAAUGACGAUCUUAUGCUGGAUGAUGAGCAGAGAUGGAACAGACUGAGUCAUAGCUGUCUCAUAACUGAGGCUGCCAAUAACUCCUCUCCUCAAAGAGGCUGCUUUCUUCAAUUGCUGCUUUCCUAGUUUUCACUUUUAAUCUCCUAAACUGAUGUUUUUUGAUCAUAAAGAUCUCUUUAGCAAUCACCUCAAAGCCACAGGAGCAGGUACGCUUCUAUUGGACAAUCAACAGCUUACCCGGAUCAUGUUCUUUUUACUUUUUGAUGUACAAUAACUCUCUUGUUCUUCUGGCAUUUCCUGUUCUACUAUGGAUGCAGCAUAUGAGUUUGCUGCUUCAGUAAUGCGUCAACUCAAAGACUGGGCUCCGUAUUUCCCUCCUAAUACCUGACGUUAUUUUAUUCCUAAGAGCUUUUCUUUCUGUUUUGUUCCUAAGGGAUGUACAGUAAACAUGAAUUUAACCUUAAAACUGUUAAGGAAAUUGUACUGUUUUUUAUAAAACUUUUAAUGAAUAUUAUUUUCACGUCUGUAUAAAAUACUCUUUCGUUCUCAUGUCACCACUCUUCCAUACAGUUAAGAGUUUAAAUACCAAAAUGUGCCAUGCCUUAUUGCCUUUAUAUUUCCGAUCUUUUAGGGAUUCUAUGUGCUUUUUGCAAAAAAAAUCUGUGUUCUCCAUUCCAAAUGACCUCACAAAACUUUAUCAGGCACUUUAAAAGGGUGAGCUCUAUUUUAUUUAAAGGGCAUUUAUCAUCAUUUGUGUUCUUCUGUUGCGUUGAUGCUUGCAGCUUAUGAAAGUAAUGACAUUGAGAACUAUGAAGAAAAAACAGUAAUUGAAAAUGCAGCCAAAUGCUGCUUAAGAUGGUUUUAUGUUUAAAUUGUGUGAUGGUCCAUAAUAUAAAGACUAUCCAAAGUGAAAGCAUAGUAAAGUCUGCAGCUCAAAUAUAAUGCCUUUAGGGUAAGAUCUGUAUGAUUAUGUACCGCCUGGAAAAAAAUGUUGUCAAGAAAUGUGUUAUAUGGAGGGAUUUAAACGAACUGUAGAGUGAACCUAGCCUGUUUGUUAUUUCACUCUGGAAAAUGACAAACAGUGAGAAAAACUGAAGUUAAACUGAUGUUAGAAAUUCUGCUGCAGGUCUGACAAGCUUUGUUACUCUGAUGCACACAGGUGUCAACACUUUCUAUUCUUACAACUGUGUCAGUAGAAUAACUUUAAUUAGGAAGCAAUGCAAUAAUUAUGCAACUCUGUUUUCUCUACACAAUCAGCCGGUGUAUUAUCAACAUUUUUUUUUCUUUAUCUGUGUUACAGUAGUGCAGUUUAGACAUGCAGAUAGUUUCACCAACAACAGCUUCAAACAACUGUGUUACACAUGUGAGUUAUUCAUAUCUGUGUACAUCAAACAAUCUUUGACAGAGUAUAUGUAAGAAUUCACAUAGGAAACAUUUUGACAACCUUGAUUGCAUCUAUUGUCUGGCUGCUGACUAUUCAUUCAAGUUACCUAUCGUUGCCUUAGCAAGAACUGUGUCAUUUCCUUUUCCUGCAGUUAUUGUUCCAAAAUGACUAAUUGUUAAAUAAUCCUGAAGUAUAAAAGAAAUGUAUUACAUAGUUUUUGCUUUGUUGAGUUAGGAGAAAUCUCGUUCUGUGUAUUGGUUUAUUUUCUAUCCCUCUAUCCAUGUUCCCUGCUGGAUAAUCUUUGUAGAUCAUACUGCAUCAGCCAUUUAACAUAUUCUUCUCACAAAAGUCUGUCAUAACAGAAAUUUCCAAGCGCAUUAAUAGCGUAGUUAAAUGUUUUUUGUUUCAUACAAGUGCUUUUAAAUGUACCUUUCCUCUUUGAAAAGCAGUGUAAUUUCUUUUUUUCAUACUUUAAGCUUUUUUUAAUUUCAGUUACGACAUAUAAUGAUCUUUGGCCUUUAACUACAAAACCACCUAUUCUCUACUGAAUGUGCUCUUUGCUUGCUGCUUUACCUUUUUAACUAUGUUUUCAUCCUGUUGUUGUUGCGCCUCUUUGUAUUCCUAAAUGUAUGAAGGGUUGGGAAGGCAGGGGACACAUUUACCCAUGAAUGAGUGGUAGUAGUUCAUGUUGUGAAACACGGUUAAUAAACAUGAUAGAGAAAAAAGGCAAAUUGUUGCUUGGAUGAUGGCCAAGCACAAAACGGCAGUUGAUCUUCCUCAGAAAUUUUAAAAAAGGGGACUGCCAUUCAAAGCACAGCCGAUAAAGAUGGAGGAGGUGUGAGAGAAAAUUAGGCAAAUUUGUAUUUAAAUAUAUCAAAAGGAAGAUGAUUUCUCUUUCAGGAAUAUAGUUCAGUAACUAUUUCUAUCCACGUUAAAAGGGAUCCCAUACAAACAUGAACUACCGGUAUAUAUACUUAAAAUUAAAACAAAUUCUUAGAGCAACAGGGGCUGCUGCACACCCCACACCUCCUAAAAUGGUCAUGUUUUCUAUACUGUCAUCAGCUUUGCUUUAUAUUAUAAAGCAUCUGUUAAUGUCUCAUAGGAAACCAAAUCUCCAUAUGCUUAGAAAAAAAGCUAUGCAUAACUAUGGUGAAACUUCAGUUGAAGUAAAGUGACAAUAUUAAGAUG